AGUUUAAUAGUAGCGCGGUCCCCAUACGGCCGUAAUCAGUGAAUUAGAAAAAAAACACCCCGCCAGCGAUCUUCUAUGAUAUAUUUUUUUCUCCUCUCUCUCCUUUUUCCCGGGCCUUCCCCCCCCGAGCCCCCGGCAUCCGAGGGAACUUUUUCUCCGCGGGGGCUGCGAGUUGAAGGCCAUGAAUUUCGAAUUCGAGCGAGAGAUCGGUUUUAUCAAUAGUCAGCCAUCGCUUGCUGAGUGCCUGACAUCUUUUCCCCCUGUCGGUGAUACAUUUCAAAGUUCAUCAAUCAAGAACUCGACGCUUUCACACUCGACACUGAUUCCUCCUCCUUUCGAGCAGACCAUCCCCAGCCUGAACCCCGGCGGCCACCCUCGCCACAGCGGCGGCGGCCGCCCCAAGGCGAGCCCCCGCGCCCGCAGCGGCAGCCCGGGCCCCGCCGGCGCCCCGCCGCCCCCGGAGUACCCCUGGAUGAAAGAGAAAAAGGCGUCCAAGCGAUCCUCGCUGCCGCCCGCCUCGGCCUCCGCCUCAGCCGCCGGACCCGCCUGCCUCAGCCACAAAGACCCCCUUGAAAUCCCCGAUAGUGGCAGCGGUGGAUCUAGGCGGCUGAGGACGGCCUACACCAACACGCAGCUCUUGGAGCUGGAGAAAGAAUUCCACUUCAACAAGUACCUCUGCAGACCGCGCCGGGUCGAGAUCGCAGCGCUGCUGGAUCUGACCGAGAGGCAAGUGAAGGUCUGGUUCCAGAACCGCAGGAUGAAGCACAAGAGGCAGACCCAGUGCAAGGAGAACCAGAACGGCGAGGGGAAAUUUAAGGGCUCGGAGGACCCCGAGAAGGCGGCGGAGGACGACGAGGAGGAGAAAGCUCUCUUCGAGCAAGCCCUGGGCACCGUCUCGGGAGCGCUGCUGGAGAGGGAGGGCUACGCGUUUCAGCAGAAUGCGCUCUCGCAGCAGCAGGCGCAGAAUGCGCACAAUGGCGAAUCCCAAAGUUUCCCCGUUUCGCCUUUAACGAGCAAUGAGAAAAAUCUGAAACAUUUUCAACACCAGUCACCCACUGUUCAAAACUGCCUCUCAACAAUGGCCCAGAACUGCGCAGCUGGCCUCAACAAUGACAGUCCUGAGGCCCUCGAGGUCCCCUCUUUACAGGACUUUAACGUUUUCUCCACAGAUUCCUGCCUGCAGCUUUCAGACGCGGUUUCCCCCAGUUUGCCGGGCUCUCUGGACAGCCCCGUAGAUAUCUCCGCUGACAGCUUUGACUUUUUUACAGACACGCUCACCACGAUUGACUUACAGCAUCUGAAUUACUGAGAAAUUAAAGACGUCCUCUCCCAGGGUCCUGCCUUCUCCUCCUCAUUCCUCCCCUUUAUGUUUUUUUUUUCCCUGUGAAUUAAUUUUAUUUCCUCUCCCCCCCCCCCCCCCCCCCCCCCCUCCCGGUCGAUUUGUUCUGUUUGUCCCCUCCCUUCGCCAUGCCGUUUUACCGAUUCUGACCGAGUUUUAGCUGUCUUCGGUUUUAACCCAGCCACGUUCUAGGUCCUUCGACGAAAGCAAUAUAUGAGGUCUGUAAGAAAGUGAUCGUAUAGGGAUCGUAUCGUCACUUUCUUUUUAUUUUUGUAUUGCAUUAGGAUGCGUUGUCAUAAGUAUUUUUGGUAGAAUAAAUUCUUGUUUGGUACAA